AUGGCCGCCGCCCAAGGCAAAGGGCUGAUGCGCCAGGCGUUGAGGGCGGUGGUCGUGAGGGCGAUCCGGGGGUUCCGCUCUAUAUCGUAUAUGGCGGCGACGACCCUGACCAGCUCUCCCCCUGUGGAGCUCCUAGCAAAGGAGAGGAGCAUCCUCUAUUGGCAGAUAAAGGAGCUCCGCGAGAGGGGAGAGGACGUGUCGGUCAGGGUACAGGCGGCCCUGAAGUCCCAGGUAGUCGUCCGGACUCUCGAGCGGUGGGCGGACGAGAUGUUCGCCCCGUGGGAGAUCGGGCGGUUGACGACGGAGGCUGUCCGCCCCUGCCUGGUGGAAUUCGCAGGCAGGAGGGGUCGCGGGCUAACGUACCAUCUGGUGCAGGUGAUAACCGGGCACGGCUGCUUCGGUCAAUACCUGCACCGGAUAAAGAAGGAGCUCACCACCGGGUGCCACCACUGCACGGAGCUGGAUGACACCGUGCAACAUACCCUGUCCGCAUGCGAGGCGUGGAGCAGAGAGCGCGGUGUCUUGGCCCGGGCAGUGGGAUGCGGGGAGCAGGAACUCUCGCUCCUGUGUAUGGUGCGAGCCAUGUGCGGAAGCGAGGAGAUUUGA